AGACACUUGCCCAGUGAAACGUGUAGUAAAUGUCAAAUAACCACAGUUGGCAAUGUCGCGGCCGCGCGACGACGCAUUCUCAAUUCGAAUAUUUUAAAAAGCGUCUUUACCGAAGUCUUUUCUUUUUUUUAUACUCACCAAAAACUUCCUCAUUAAUUUUUAAUUGAUAACGCGUAUACAAUCUCUGUGGUUUUAGUGAAGUGGGAAAUCAAAAUGGCGGGACGGAAAAGUUUAUUUUUUCUAUUUGUUUGUGCCUUAACGUCGGUUAUGGACGGACAGACCUUGGGUGGUCCUAUGCACGACAAAGUGGUGGUAUGCUACGUAGCCACCUGGGCAGCAUAUCGGCCUGACGCCGGUAAGUUCUUAUUAGAAGACUUGGAGCCAGCACUGUGCACUCACCUAGUCUACUCCUUCGCUGGCUUGGAUGAAGAGAAAAUGGCUAUCAAGAGUCUUGACCCUUGGCAAGACUUAGAGAAAGACUAUGGCAAAGGCGGUUACAAAAGACUUGUGAACUUGAAAAACCGGUACCCACAUUUGAAGGUAACCAUUGCUAUAGGCGGAUGGAACGAAGGCUCCCUGAAGUAUUCUAAGAUGGCUUCCACUCGGGAGAAUCGAGAGAAGUUUAUACAGAGCGUUCUGGUCUUUUUGGACCAAUACAAGUUUGACGGGUUAGAUCUCGACUGGGAAUAUCCUGCAAGGAGAGACGGCCGUCCAGAAGACAAAGCUAACUAUGUGGAACUUGUCAAGGAACUCAGCGAAGCAUUCAAACCUAAAGGAUAUAUUUUAACAGCGGCAUUGGGUGCUGGCAAAGAUACAAUGGAUGCUGCUUACGACCUAGCGAAAUUGAGCAGAUAUCUAACCCUCAUUCAUAUGAUGUGUUAUGAUUACCACGGCACAUGGGAUGGUACGGUUGGAGCUAAUGCUCCUCUCAAGGGUAUAAAUGACGCAGACGUAUUAAAUGUCGAAUACACGAUUAAAUACAUGCUGUCCCAUGGUGUGAGCCCAUACAAAUUGGUCAUGGGAUUGCCCAUGUACGGUAGAACUUUCAUCUUAAAAGAUCCAGCUGUAAGAAAUAUUGAAUUUGGUAGGACGUCUGUACAAGCAGCCGGGUUUAAAGGACCGUAUACUGGGGAAGCAGGGUUUAUGGGAUACAAUGAGGUAAUCAUUAAUUAAUUUUACUUUAAAACAUGCAUGUAAAAAAAAUCUAUUUUUUUAUUUUAUUUUACCUUUUCUUUUUAUUUUAUCGUAUAGAAAAACACAUUUAUUAACUUUAGGAGGAAUCAAAAAUUCUCUCAAGUCUUUUCCUCAGUGCGCCGUUACAUAGACAGUAGAAACCAAAAAUAUUAUAAACAUGUCUUACAAUUGCGAAUCUUCUCGCAGAUUUGCCAAGAGAUCAGUAACAAAUCAUCGAACUGGACACACCAUUGGCACGAGCAGUCUGCCACACCAUACCUUCGAGAUGGAGAGAGGUUAAUAUCUUAUGACAAUGCACGCUCCAUAGCAAUCAAAGUCAAAACUGCUAUUGACUACGGUCUAGGAGGUCUUAUGGUUUGGAGUAUAGACACUGACGAUUUCAAAGGUGCUUGCGAGCAUGAAUUGAAUGCAUUUGUAGAUUUCGAAGAGAGAUACAAUAAACUAAUUGACGAUCCUCUACUCAAUGAAGCAUUGAAAACGCUAAAUCUACCUGACACAAAUCGUCUCAACAAACGUACGGCCUACUCCGUGUCCAACGGCAAACUAAACUUGCGAACGCCCUUGCCGCAAUAUUCAAACUACCCUCUAAUGGAAACCAUCAAUUCCGCCGCCAUGUUAGCUGUAGAAGAGAAAAGAAUAUUAGACGAAAUGGAAGUAGUUAACAAACAGAAUGUUAUAGAAGACGACAAAGAUGAACCUGAUUCUUCUAGCAGAUUAGGGUGUAGUCUUGCGGUUAUGUUAUGUACUUUGAUUGCGCUUAAAAUAUAGGUUGUUUUUAUAGGAAUAUAUCUGUAAAAUGUGAUGAAUGUAUUAUGUAUAUAAAAUUUAGAAAGUUUCAAAAUAUAUCUUACGAGAAUUCUCCAUGACAAUAAAAAAAUCGUUAAGUAAAAGGAACACUUAUAUAAUUCGUACGAAUUAACAUGACAACUGAAGGCCUAUUCUUGUCGUACACGAAAAAUAAAAUCGGUAAUAUUCGAAUGUUCUUACAAUUUUAUUAAAUUCACAUCUGU